AACAAAAAAACCAGAGGAGAAGAAUUAUUUUUAUAAGUUUAUCUAUAUAUACACAUGUGUAUAUAGAUAUAAAGCAGCAGCUAAACGAGUUUCCCUCUCCGCAGUAAUUGGUCGCCAUGCCGAACAAAUACUCAUCAGCAGCGCUGCUUCUACUGGGCAGCUGCCUUAGCCUUUGCCUGUUCCUCACACCCGCCACGGGGAACGGACAGCGUAUUAUAGACUAUGGCAACAUCGUCUUCAGCAGGCGCUCUGGCUUUGACAACCAGAUACAGAGCAGAUCCCGUGUCGCGGCUCCGGCCCAGAAUAGAAUCGGCACAGUUCCGGCAGCAGCAUUGCCACCAAAUAUCCAGCAACAACAAUAUCCCGCCCAGCCGCCAGCUCCAGUUGAAGCUCCGGACGCAUCUCUAACUCCUGGCGUCACGGUGCUUGGCAUCGAUGGCUCAACCGACCAGUCAGCAGCUGGUCAAUCGAGAGGCCCGUCGGGUCCCACACGUCCGCCGGCUCAGUUCAAUUACCGUGAGCGCUUCAGCUCCACACUCUUUCAGCCCAUCUCGCGCAACAAUGCUAACCGUAAUGUCGUCUAUUCGCCCUCCUCGGUGCACGCUAUGCUGGCCAUGCUCUACGGCGUCUCAGCUGGAGAAACGGCCACCGAGCUUCGAUCGGCUGGUCAAUUCGACCAAAAUCAGUUGACGACAGCCAUGGACUUUCAGCGGGUAAGAAAACUGGAGCGAGAGCUGCAGAAUGCUCAACUGAUCGUGGCCAAUAAGCUGUUCUAUAACCAUGAACUAGCUAUGGUUAAUCCCGAUUACGCACGCUAUGCCCAUCAGUACUUCAACUCGGAGAUUGAGGGGGUCAACAUGAAGCGAUCGGCCAAUACGGCAGCCCGAAUCAAUGCCUGGGCAGCGGACGCCACACGCAAUAUUAUACGCGACCUGGUCAGCCCCAACGAUAUUGACGAUGAGACCCAAGCACUGCUGGUCAAUGCCAUUUACUUCAAGGCGCGCUGGGCAAACGAGUUUUCAGCCAUGGAUACAACGCCGGACAAGUUCCGUGUGAACAGCAACAAGGCCAUUACGGUGGCCAUGAUGUACAACGACGAUGUGUUCGCCUAUGCCGAGCUGCCAGAGCUGGAUGCCGUAGCCCUCGAGCUGCCCUAUGCCGGCACUGAAGUGUCCAUGCUAUUCGUCUUGCCCAACCAGGUGGAUGGUCUGCCCCAGCUGGAACGGCAACUGGAGCGCGUGGAUCUAAAUCAAAUCUCCGCACGUCUACGUCGAGAGAUGGUCGCAGUGCGGCUACCCAAAUUCCGCAUUGAGUUCGAACAGGAUGUGACGCUUCCGCUGCAGGAGUUGGGCGUGCGUCGCAUGUUCACUGCCAACUCACAGGUGAAUACCAUACUGAUGCGACCCGUGAAAGUGUCUAAAAUACUGCAAAAGGCCUUCAUUGAUGUCAACGAGGCUGGCUCUGAGGCAGCAGCUGCCACAUUUGCCAAAUUUGUGCCGCUGCUGCUGCCAAUGAAGUCACGCGAAUUUAUUGCCGAUCAUCCAUUCCUGUUCGCCAUACGCACACCUGAAUCGGUGCUUUUCAUUGGGCAUGUGGUCCAGCCGCCGCAGAUCAACGCUAGACAGUAGAGCCGUCCUUAGCCCCUAAGUUAACUGUACGCAUUUGCUAUUUGUAAUACGUAUUCGUAAUUUUUACAUUUACUCUAAUAUACACACACACACACACACACUCA